AUGCCGGCAAAUGAAGGCGACCAAAAGCCUAUAGACGAUGCUACUACUUCGCAGCAGGUCGAAAGCGUGGGCAACAUACCUCAAGACGCACAAGUGACUACCGGUGUAGCCAUGCCUAUGCCAGACGACACCAAACCCGCGGCUGCAGAGUCGCGAACCGCGCCUAACAACCAAGAUCCAUCAUCAAACAUUGAACAAGAUCCAUUCGAUCAACUUGACGUGCCUAUCGACCUAGGGAACACCGCCGACCUAUUCGACCUAGACUCCAUGUUCAACGACGCAGAGAUAAUCCCAUCUGGGGGCGUUGAAUCAGACCUAGACAUCGACUUCUCCCUCGGCGGCAGCGCCGACCUCACGAAUGCUCUAGGCGACAGUACUAUGGGAGGUAUCAAUCUCAGCACCUCUGAUAACAAUGCGGGCACGAAUGAAGACCUCAACAGUCUCCUGCCAGGCCUCGAAAAUUUCGUCAAUGCACCCGGCGAAAACAAUACCGCCGUACCCAACACUUUGGGCAACAAUAAUACGAAAACGGCAGCCGCAGAUCAGCAGCAAACAAGCACGGCAGCCGCUCCUGAAAAUGAUGGCGGACAGCCGGCGCCGGACGACUCAUUCGUUGGGACGAAUUUCGACGAUUUGUUCAAUCCUUCCGACUUUAAUAUGGGGAACGAAGGGAACGAUAGUAACGAGUUCAAUUUAGAUCAAGACUUUGGGGAGAUUGGGAAUUUUGACGAUGUUUGGCGAAAUGACAUUCGUUGA